AUCGCAGCUGACACCAGGGGCCUGUUGCACAAAAGUAGAAUUAAGACAUCCGGGAUAAAUGACUCAGCUGAGCUCAAUGAAGCCAAAACAUGUGCAUCCAGGCUUAAUUGGUUGCACAAAGACCAAGCCAGGAUGAGCAGACACGGAUUCAUUAAGCCAGGUGAAACCAAUCCUGGAUAGGUGCGCGCUCACGGCUCACUCAAAUAGACCCCGCCACAGAUCACAGAUUAACUGAUUUACCAUGGCAACUAGAGCCGCGUACUUUUCCCCGUCGGAAGCACAAAUCCUCAUGGAGGCAUACGAGGAGGUAAAAGAUAUAAUUAAGAAGAAAGGCAACACCGCCACAGUGAUAAAGCAAAGAGAAAAAGCGUGGCAAAGUAUUGCAGACCGCCUGAAUGCGUAAGUAGUGCACAAUUACACACUCACCGCUCCGCUGAAACAUCACAAUUACAAUUCAAAUAUUUAAUUCACAUCUCCAAAAAUGCAGUUGUACUGUAAUUAUGAAACGGUUAAAUUUUUAAUUGAAAUGCACUGCAGAUAUGAGUGAAAUUGUGUAAAGUAACUCCAUCACACUGUAUAAAGCUAUGAUACAUUUUUUGAUAUUUUUACUGAAAACAAGACAAAAAUACCAAGUAAUUUUUUGCAGUGUGACUCCAUUAAAUGUGUGUGUGUGUGUGUGUGUGUGUGUGUGUGUGUGUGUGUGUGUGUGUGUGUGUGUGUGUGUAGAUUAAACAUGAACGGGCCAAAACGGACAUGGCAGCAGGUCAAAAUCAAAUACAAGAACAUUCUGCAGAAUGCAGUGAAAAAGAAUACCCACAGACAAGGCACGGGUGGUGGGUCACCAAAGGCUGACCUUACCCCAGCAGAGGACAUGGCCUUGGAGCUAAAUAAAGGCAGGCCCGUCUUAAGAGGGGAUCCCUGGGGGGAAAGAGACGAGCAUAGGUUCCUCCCAAGAUGCCACCCGCUUCAUUCAAGUGCCUGGCAGCACUGUGUUCCUGUUAGAGCCACCAGCACAAGCACCAGACGAUGCUGAUCCAGGUGAAGGCCCCAGUGCAGCAGCAACAGCACAUGAUGGAGACGAUGAUGAGGAGGAGACCAUCUCUCUGGAUUCCAGAAGGCAUGAGGACCCAGAUGCUAUACAGUGGGAAAACCAGCCUGGCAACUUAGUGCGUAUUAAUAAAAGGACACCACAUCCUGCCAAAUUCCAGCUGCGCUAAUUGUAUUGUGUUCACAGAGCUCACAAGCUAUCAGAAAGUUGUAUGGCAACCACCUCCGGCGCCAAAUAGAACUGGCAGACAUAGACAUUCAGUACAAGAAGAAAAAGAUGGAAAAUCUUGCACUGGAGUCCGAAAUAAAAAAGAGGACAAUUAGGAAACUGGACCUUGAAAUAAAAAAACUUGAGAGGGAGCUCCAAGAAGAUGACACAGCUCAAAAUAAAAAUUAGCAAUCAGUACAACCAAGUCAUCGUUAUAAGGCAUCGCCCUCUUUUGCCCACCCCCCAGCACCAGGUGUGGCCACUAGCCUAUAUGAAGGCCCAAAAUUGUGUGUUCCUUUCUGCUCUGACAAUGGCAUGCCCAUUCGUGCGAGAUGUGGUGGAUGAAGAAGCACUUGUGCUGAGGAGAGCCUUCAGGCGAGAAAGGGUCUUCAGGGACCGGUUGGACCCACUGGCCUUCCCUGAUGACCAUCUAUAUGAAAGAUACAGGUUUUCUGCAGAUGGCAUCAGGUAUCUAUGCAGACUACUGGGUCCCAGGAUUAAGCACCGCACUGCACGGAGCCAUGCACUGAGUGUGGAGCAAAUGGUUUGUGUGGCCUUGCGCUUUUUUGCUAGUGGAGCCUUCCUGUACUCAGUGGGGGAUGCAGAACAGCUGAACAAGGCCACAAUUUGCCGCACAAUAAGGAGUGUGUGUCUGGCUAUCAAAGCAUUAGCAGAUGUCUUCAUCUCCUUCCCUGGCCACAGAAGACUCUGUGACAUCAAAGAGGAGUUCUAUAGGAUUGCAGAUGGUCUGCAAUGCUGACUGUGUGAUCAGCAAUGUUGUGGCAAAAUGGCCUGGCUCAGUCCAUGACUCCAGAAUCUUUCGGGCCUCUGAAAUCUAUCAGUGCCUAUCACAAGGUGAAUUCUCUGGUGUGUUGCUGGGAGACAGGGGGUAUGGCUGCCAGCCUUUUCUCCUGACACCUUUCACAGACCCCCAGGAAGCACAGCAGGCCUACAACCAUGCCCAUGCCAGGACCAGGGCCAGAGUUGAAAUGACCUUUGGCCUCCUGAAGGCACGCUUUCACUGCCUUCACAAAUUAAGGGUCAGCCCUGUUAGGGCAUGUGAUAUUACUGUGGCUUGUGCUGUCCUCCACAAUGUGGCCUGCCUGAGGAAGGAGAGGGCCCCCAGAGUGCCACCAGCCAUGGACUGGGGCAAUCUUCCCUGAUGACGACAGUGGUCGGCUGCUGAGGGACCAAUAUGUGUUGAAUUAUUUUAGUAUGUGUGCUUUCAAUUUUGGUUAAAUAUGUCCUGCGGUGGCAGAGGAAUUUGGUUUUUUUUGGGUUCGUUUUUUGACGAAUUUGGCCUCUUAUGAUGUUUGUGCGGUAUACUGUGUGUAAUACAAGGCUGCAGGGAGGCUACUGCAUCCAUUCAUUUGUCUGUUCAGUUGAUGUGUAUGGAUUUGUCCUGCAUUUAUUUUAGUGUGCAGACAUGCAGGGUGUAUUAUAUACAGACCUUUGAAUGUGUAUGUAUCAUUUUGUAUAAUAUGCUUGGAUUCUGUGCUUUCCAUCUUGUAGAGUCACUGUGACUUCAGUUUCGAAAGGAGCUGAUGGUUUACCUGCUUUGUUUUGUCCUUAUUCAAUAAAGGAACAUAAUGUUACACAUUGUGUUUUUAUAUUCA